CCAAUGCAACAAAUUGCAUUCACCUAGAACAGUUCCUGUUGAAUGCAUCAAGUAAGACUUAAGUAAGACCGGCAACAAAUUUAGCGAACAUUUAACUCUGAGUAGAAUCUAAUGUAUGUUAUUGUACAUAUUGAUUUAAAGCAAGUAGACCUUGAGCAAAAAGAGAGUGAGAGAAUCUUUUUUUAAAGAGAGUGGGACACUACAGCCAUAUCCUUGUAUACCUAUUUUAGUCAUCAUAACCUCAAGUUAUCCAUUAUAUAACGUGGAACAGCAAGGUGCAGCCAGAGAUUGUGCAACUAUUAGACCCAGUAAUACAAUACUAAAUGUUUAUGAACAACUCCUGUUAUCAUAGGAAAAUUACUGGUGGUAUGGAACACUGUUCAUAGGUACACAGAAUCAGUGCAGAUAUAGUGAAUGAUAGAGAGAAUGAUCAUGACUUGAUAUGGCUUGAAGAAUUCAUACGUUUCUAAUUAACCAAAAACCAAAUUAUAACCCCACCUCAUCCAGACAGUGUUUGCAAUGUCAUUGUCUACCAUCAGGGCAGGAAAGCUGAAAAAGAAAAAUAACUUGCACAAGUCAAUAAAGACAGCAGCAAUUGUUAUGAAGCUUACCAGAGCUAACACAGGAAUGCUUCUCAAGGGCUUCUGAUGGACUAUGUGGACAUGGAGCCCAACAGGGAUAUAAUUCCAGUAUAUCUUCUAAAAAUUAACCUGGUGACACUGUAUACAAACAAUACCUCCUACUGAAGCCACAGAGAAACGUAACAGCAUUACCCAGUGUUGUCUACCUGUGGGUCAGACAUGGCUAGAAAUGAUUGGUCUUGGUGAAACAGAAAAUUACCAUGUUGACAACAAUAUGUUAAUUUCUCUUUCAGUUUCUAAAAGAACUAAGAACUAGCAGAAGCACUUGUAGCCUCCAUCUGCAAAAGUAUUGAAAUGUUUCUGUUAGUUAUUAAUUACCAUAAAGUUGUAAGUGAAAUACUCCAUUGUACGUUCAGACAUUCUCAUGGCAGCAGUGCAUUUCUAUGACAAAUAUGUACAAUAUAAGAAGUGCAUUGUAACUACAUGAUUUUAACUUUGCCUAUCCAUCUUCAUUUGCUGCUUCUAAUGUUAACUUUUAUGAACUCGUAGUCUGGUAGCUGUGAUUUUGUCAUGAUGCAAGAGCAGUGAGGAGUGUAGGAAGCAGUAAUAUCUUUUAAUGUCAGAAAAAAAAAAAAAGUCAAUCUUCAGGAAAGCCUUUUGCAGGAAAGAAAAAAAGGACAAUAAAUCUUUGCAGACAAUUGGUUGUCCAGCUCACAUACUGCAAAACAUAAUAACAUAAAUGAAAAAAAACAGACUACCUUAGAGAUAAUCCUCAAGAUCAAGUUAUGACUUUUUAAACAUACAUUUUUGAACAUUUACUUCUAAAUGAGUGUUAGGAGUAUGAGACAUACUUGAAUUUAUCAGAGUUGAGUACAUGAAAACAUUAAGGUGAGGUUUUGAUAGGAUGAUUAUUUUUCUAUUCUACAGCUCACCUUACUGUGUUUUCCAGCCAUUUCAGAUUGCUUUUUUGUAUGCUCAAAAAAGACUAUUCAGUUAUAGUUUUAGGGUUCUUUAAGGAAAAGAUGUUGUUUUUUUCAGGUAAACCUUCUUAGCAAUUCUUGUCAAAUUUAUGAAAGGUUCUGGAAAAUCUAAACCUAUUGUGCAACAUUUGUGAAAAUCUUGGGCAAAAUAUAAUAAUGAUAAGCAAUUUCAAAGCUUUAGCAUCAACUCCAUUAAGUUGAGCAAAGAGAAUACAGUGAACAUUAGGCCUAUACCAUUGCCAAGUUAUAAUACUUGCAGACUCUGUAGCAUACAGUUCCCCAUACUUGUUAGAGACCUUUCUGAGAUUUCCAUAUAGCAUUUAUUACUGUGCUGGCUAAGCUCUGCUAUCUAAUACCUAAAGCUCUCUCUUUUCUUUUUUCAUUUUGUCUCCACUAAGCCAGAAAUCUUGACUUAAUGCUUUUUUCAUUGAAGUCCAAUAAAGUCAAAGGAGGACAGUGAGUUUGCUAUACUACUACUGAAAUCAAUGGUAGUACAUCAGUUUACAUCUGCUGAUUGUGCAUCUGCAGAGACAGAGGUGUUCUGCAUUUAGUUGUGGAUUCAAACAGUCAUAUUCUGUGUUUUGUUUUGUUUCUUUUCUGUAUGCCCUGCAUGGAGGCUUUUGCACCACUUGACUGGGUUUUGUUGGGGCUGGAAGUCAUCAGCUCUUCCCGGGAGAGUUCAUAGAAAUGGUGAUACAUAUCGCUCCUACCUCAGCAGAAGUCAGGUGCACUGGCCCUGUAAAAUCCCCAGUAUCUGGGUUUGUCAGCCAGCUGACAAACUGUGCAAAAAUGGAUCAAAAAUGUACAAGCAUUCGUUUUCUUUUCAUCUCCUACUUCGUUAGUAGUUGUUUUUUCCAAUUUUCUCAGAGAUGUUCUUUGAAUUGGCUGCAAUAGCUAGCCUAACCAAAUUGCAAAAGUGCAUUAUAAUUCAUUCAUGGAAACCUAUUGUUCAAAAGGAGAAUUAUACUUUCCUAGGUAGAAAUCUAGCAUAUUUGACACUGAGAUAUAAAAGGGAAGAGCAAGCUGUAAAAACAUGGCCAUUAAUGGACAGUCAUGCACUUCCUGUCACCUAGGUUGAAAGACAGAAAGCUUUGGCAGGUGUGGGUAAAAAUACAUGUGUGGUGUCUUUCAUAACAGAUAUACCUCAAGAGUAUCAGAUGGCUGUAUGUAUAAGGACCAGAGCUAUUCAAAACAAACAAACAAACAAACAACAAAAAACAAGCUUAAGUUGGAUCAAUCAACAUUACCCAGCAACAGGCUUAAACAUUCACUUUGUUGAAGACUUUCUGAGCCUAUCUUCAAUGUCCCACUAGGCAUUUUAGAUUGUUUAUUCUUGCUAACAUAACUUCUGUUUGCAGUGAAUCUUCCAAGGUCAAUCUUAGACUAAACAAAAAGCAGGCACAAAACCUCUCACCUUUGAGGGUUGUGCAACACUUACUGUAACCAUUUCUGUGUUUUGCCAAGGGAGUCUUACAAGGCCAGUUGUUUCCCGCUGAGGCUUUUCUUACAAAUAAUUCCUCUUGUCUCAUUAGGGAUGCAACCUGUAUCUGUCUUUGAUUUGCCAAGGCUAAUCCUUAGAAAAUAUCUUGAUAUCUUACGAACAUUUGCAAUCAGAGCACUUCCGUGGAGCUAUCCUAUAAUGUAGAUGAGGAGAUGAAGUGCAAAAAACCUGAUGUUUACCAUAAACACUAAUUUAGGUGGCUAAAUUGAGAUGCCAAAAUAAUUCAUAUUACAAAAAUAUUGCAUACAGUCAAAAUAUGAUUGUCACUGGCUUCAGCUGCAAGUGCUGACUACCUGUAAAAAUGAAGUCCUGUCAUGCACCCAGAAAAUGAGGAGCAUGUGUUCAGUGAAAGCUUCAAAACUUGUGGUAUGAAAUGACCCACCUAACAUCUUCUGCUAGCAGAUGCCUAUACAGCAUGUUUGAAAGGAGGGAAAGGAAGAAAGGGACCUGUAUAAGGGGGGCAUUUAGGGUAUUAGUCCAUGUGGGCAGCUGGGGCAACAAGGCUUGCAAGGCGCAGAAGGAAGGAGCAGCAACAAUUGCAGAUAAGAACAAAAUGGACUUUCUUUUCACCAGCCCUCACCUGCAUGAAAAAGAAGUUAUGCAGGUUGAUAGAGGCACAUUUACACAGCUAAACCUCCUGUUACUGCCAUCUGUUCCCUCUCAGUCUCAGAGGUAUUGGGCAGGAGACAGCUAGCAAGCAGGAACUUGAUAACAAACAGUAAAUAAAAUUCAAAUUUACUCCAGUGCACCCUUAUCUCCCUUCUGGUGAUGGAAAAGCAUAUUCAAAUGACAUACAACAGCUGUUGAGAAAUUUAUUUAUUUUUUGCUGAAAAAUCAGGCUGCCCAUGCAUGUCUUCCUAAGACUAGGCAGCAGAGGGUGGGCAUGAAAAGGCACAGACUCUGACCCUGGUAGUUUCUGCACUGGUUGAGUUGCUGUUCCUGCAGUGUCAUGGUGCCAGCAAUGCUCACACACAGCAGUGCUGCUUUCUCCAGCAGCAAACAGCUAUGAAAGCAAAGGAUAACACCGGCAGGUCCCUCUCCUUAAAAACUGCCCCAAUUGCAGCAGCACCAGCAUCUGCAGUCUGUUGCAAAUGGGCAAUUACAAACAGUCAAGCUUGUUCAAUAUUUCUAGGAAGAUAGCAUGUGGUCAAAUCCAGUGUUUGAAAAAGUCAACAGAGAGCAAUGUGUGAGAGCAGAGGCUCCAUCAGUUUGCUUACUGACAUACAAGCCUUUAUUGGCAAUUCUAGGCUCAAUGGCUUCCAGCAGAGUGGUAGCACUUCCAGAUCAGAAUGUGACAUUUCAAAACAUCAAUUUCACCAAGAAUUCUCCCUCUUGUUCAGCCUCACAACACCUGUGCCACCUUGCCAGGGCCAUACUUGCCGAUCUCCCAAGCACACCCCAACCCCAAAUCCCCAGGGAGAAGCUGCAGCCUGAGCCAUGCAGGUCCAGACCUCAGUGAAACCUCAGGGGAGCAGGAGCUGGAAGGCAUGGCUCUCUACCAACGCUGUGCACUAACUGGUGCACACAAACUGACCCAAAGUGGGUAGGUUCUCCUUCCUGGGAUUACUUCUUUCUGGAAUGACUCUCCUCCUUGGGUUCCACAGCAAUACUACAACUCUUACUGUUUGAAGAUGUGGAUGCUGGUCAAUGAGUGGUGCUUUAAAAAGCAACAAGUUGUAGUUCGGCCGCUUGCUGAUUUGUAAUUUGGUCAAGUUUAGGUAUAGUUCUUCUGGUAUGGUAAAAGAUAUUCAAAUAGGCAAUCAACAACUCUUAAAUCUCUGCUACAAAGCAUAUAAAUACCAGAACAUUGCAAAUAAAAAACAAACAGCCUUUCUUAAUUUAGAGGAAAUAAUUUCUUUUUAAUUGGUCUUGUUCUCAGAUCCUGUGGAAAUAUUGUGGGUGGACUUCUUUUGAAAAUAUCCAGUCUGGAUUAGACAAGUCAAAUCUUCGAAGAUGAUAACUGAAAUUGCUAAAGUUUGGCAACAUUACACAAAAUGGAAAGAAGGGCAAGAAACAUCAAACUAUCUUAGUGCUGCUAGCUCCAUCUGUACUUUGGCCAUAAUAAACAUUUGUGUUUAUUUUGUAUGCUUCUUUCCAUGAGCCUGGAUUUAACUUAGUUCAAAUACAGUCAUCUUUGCAUAUUCUAGUAGCUUGUGACAGGAUAGAUUUAUUAUCUGCUUAUAUUUGCUGAAUAUUUAAUGUUUACAUCAUCCUGUUGACAAGAUUUUUCCAGCAGGCUGUAAACCAGAGUCAGACCAAGUGAGCAGCUGCUCAGCUGUGGGAAUCAUGUGGGAUGAGCCACUAUCAUGCUGUAUCCACAGGCUGAACCGCUUCAGGAUGAGAAAACAACUCCUGAGCAGAUCUCUUCAUAUAGAAAAGAAAAAACAGCUGUAAAUGUAUCUCAGCAUUAGGAAAAUCAGUACCUGUGCUGCAUACCUAUGUGGACUUGAGACCUUAGUAAGGAUGCAACUGUGCUGUGAAUCCAUAAAUGUCUGUGUAAGGAACAGCUGGUCAGAAAGUAUCCGUGUUUCCAUGUAUAUCUUCAUGGUUUGCAUUAUUCUGGCCACACUGGUUGGAAAUUUGACAGUUAUCAUCUCAAUAUCACAUUUCAAUCACCUCCAUACACCCACCAAUUUCCUGCUGCUUUCUAUGGCUACAGUAGACUUUCUGCUGGGAUUCCUCAUCAUGACUUGUAGCAUGGUGCGCUCUGUUGAGCACUGCUGGUAUUUUGGGGAGCUCUUCUGCAAGAUCCAUAUGAGCAUGGACAUUAUGCUGAGCACAGCUUCCAUCUUCCAUCUUUCCUUCAUAUCCAUUGACUGUUACUAUGCUGUGUGUGACCCUCUAAGACACAAAUUAAAAAUAAAUACUUUUAUUAUCUUGGUCAUGAUAUUGGUAAAUUGGAUGAUCCCUGCUGGUUUUGCUUUUGGAAUGAUCUUUCUAGACCUAAAUUUGCGAGGGGCAGAAGAGAUUUAUAAUCAUGCCCGUUGUGCAGGAGAAUGCUUUGUCUUUUUUAGUGAAACUUCAGGUGUUGAGUCCUCCAUUGUGUCUUUUUACAUUCCUGGAUUUGUCAUGCUGUAUAUUCACAGGAAAAUAUACUCUACAGCCAAGAGGCAAGCAAGAUCCAUUGACACAAUUAGUCAAAAAAAGAUGCAUUUUGAAACGAAGAAUGACAUUUCAUUUGGCAGAGAAAGGAAAGCUGCAAAGACAUUAGGCAUAAUAAUGGAAGUGUUCCUCAUCUGCUGGAGUCCAUUCUUCUUCUUUACAGCAACCAAUCCAUUUAUGAAUUACGUGAUACCUCCUAUUCUCAUUGAUGCAUUGGUUUGGUUUGGUUAUUUAAAUUCUACAUUUAACCCAAUUUUUUAUGCAUUUUUUUACACGUGGUUUUGCAGGGCAUUGAAGAUGAUUCUCUUUGGAAAAGUUUUUCAACAGGACUCUUCCAGGACUAAUCUGUUUUUAGAGUAACAUUCUUUAAAAGCUUGGAUUCAUGGCUUUGAAUAUUUGUCUGGCAUCUGAACUCCCAGAUGCACUCAUUUACCAAAUCCAGUUCAAGGAAAUAAACAGUGA